AUGUAUUACAUGGCACUCUUGCCUUCUCUGGUCGUCGCAGACGUAAUUCACACGGAACUAUGGUACAGAGAAGCACAGGGAGGGGGCAAGAAAACGGAUAGCGAAAGUACUGGUUCCGAUAUUCGUUUAUCAGUAAACUCGAGGAUUGUCAAGAUCGUUAAGACAGGCCCCGCCCGAGUAUCAUCUGACCGACUCCCGAGCUUCAUAGCUGCAGCCAACGGCAUGGAGGCACAUCCAAAUGGCCGCAAGUACAAGCUUCCCACCAAGCAUGGCCUACCGAUUGUACCCGAUGACUACUUCACCGACAAUAAGUACAAGGUCACGCUGGACAAGUCAGAGGCCCAUUGCUUUGUUGGUCGGUGGAGCAUCCUCCACCGCUUAGCAGAUUGGAAGCGCACUUGGGCUCGUAUUAUCGUCGAUGAGGCCCAUCAGGGCAAGAAGGAUAAUGGCAAAAUGUACCAGAAUCUCAUCCGCAAGCAGUCCAACGCCAUCCAUUUCGUCUCGGCUACCAUCCUCGCCAAUCACAUCCAAGAUCUUACGGUCUUCAUUAAGAUCCUGUACUGCAAGAUGUAG